GUAUGCAGGUUCUAUCCUUGCACCUGUCUGCUUUCAUGCUAGUUAUAAGAUUCAUUUCCAUCAAAACAGCCAAAAGGAAGGAAAGCGAGCACGAAAAAGAUGGUUAGGCCAGCUUUGAAACAGAAGUCAAAAGAUUUCCGACCAUGGAUUUUUCUAGCAAGUUGACAGAGACAAUCGAUUUCCGCAAGAAAUUUGGGUCUUCCUUGGUUAAGUGCAUACACAAUCAUAAGUCAAAACCAGAGCACGCAGCUCCCUGCUACGUUGUCCUACUGUCUCACACCUCACCUCUCUCUCUCCACCGCCACCAUUGUUGCUUGGGGUGCAAGCGCUCAGGAGGCCUGCUUUACGCACCAAAAUGUCUUAGAUAUCACACAGUAGCUCCUGAAAAGACUAAACAAGAACCUCUCUUCCUUGCUCAGCACCAUCACUAUAGCUCUUGCUUCUAUGGAGCAUUUGUUGAUGCAACGCGCCACCACAUGGCCAUGCUGCUUCUUCUUCUUCCUCUGGUUGUCUGUGCAGGUCUCAGCGCAGGCGUCAGCAGCUGGGCGGUCCCAAACAAAACCUCUGAAGCAGCUAACUGCUGUGCUUGGCUGGGUGUGACGUGCGAUGAUGGCGGCCGGGUCAUCGGGCUGGACCUCCAGCGCAGGUACCUGAAGGGCGAGCUGACACUUUCGCUCACACAGCUGGACCAGCUCCAGUGGCUCAACCUCUCCAACAACAACCUCCAUGGUGCCAUCCCGGCAUCCCUUGUUCAGCUCCAUAGGCUGCAGCAGCUCGACGUAAGCAACAACGAGCUCUCAGGCAAAUUCCCAGUCAACGUGUCACUUCCGGUGAUUGAGGUCUUCAACAUAUCCUUCAACUCGUUCAGCGGCACUCAUCCCACACUCCAUGGUUCAACGCAGCUCACAGUGUUCGACGCAGGGUACAAUAUGUUUGCUGGGAGAAUUGAUUCAAGCAUCUGUGAGGCGUCAGGAAUGCUCCGUGUGAUCCGAUUUACAUCGAAUCUCUUUGCUGGGGAUUUCCCAGCAGGUUUUGGGAACUGCACAAAGCUUGAGGAGUUAUCUGUAGAGCUCAACGGCAUCUCCGGGAGAUUGCCAGAUGACCUAUUCAUGCUGAAAUAUCUAAAGAACCUGUCUCUGCAGGAGAAUCAGCUGGCUGACCGGAUGAGCCCAAGGUUUGGCAAUCUGUCCAGCCUUGCACAGCUGGACAUUUCUUUCAAUUCAUUCUAUGGACACCUUCCAAAUGUUUUUGGUAGCCUUGGCAAGCUGGAGUACUUCUCUGCACAGUCCAACCUCUUCAGGGGCCCACUGCCUGUCUCCCUGGCUCAUUCAUCAUCGCUGAAGAUGCUGUACUUGAGGAACAAUUCACUGAAUGGAAAUAUCAAUCUCAAUUGCUCAGCGAUGGCACAACUGGGCUCACUUGACCUUGGAACAAAUAAGUUCACUGGUACAAUUGAUAGUUUGUCAGAUUGCCAUCAUCUCAGAAGCCUGAAUCUUGGCACCAAUAACCUCAGUGGUGAAAUCCCAGUUGGCUUCAGCAAGCUUCAGGUUUUAACCUACAUCUCACUUUCGAACAAUAGCUUCACGAAUGUUCCAUCAGCAUUAUCUGUCCUUCAAAACUGUCCAAGCCUAACAAGCCUUGUGCUGACAAAGAACUUCGGUGAUGGGAAUGCCUUGCCGAUGACUGGAAUAGAUGGCUUUCAUAACAUCCAAGUGUUUGUCAUUGCUAACAGCCAUCUUUCAGGAGCAAUACCGCCAUGGCUGGCUAAUUUCGCAGAAUUGAAGGUGCUAGAUUUAUCCUGGAACCAAUUGGCUGGCAACAUUCCUGCAUGGAUUGGUGGUCUUGAGUUUUUGUUCUAUGUGGAUCUUUCUAACAAUUCACUAACUGGAGAAAUUCCAAACAAUUUUUCAAGCAUGAAGGGCCUUCUCACAUGCAACAGCUCGCAGCAAUCCACGGAGACUGAUUAUUUUCCUUUCUUCAUAAAAAGGAACAAAACAGGCAAAGGGUUGCAGUACAAUCAGGUUAGCAGGCUCCCGCCCUCUCUAAUUCUCAGCCAUAACAAGCUCACCGGUGUCAUAUUGCCGGGAUUUGGAAGCCUCAAAAACCUGUAUGUCUUGGACCUCGGUAACAACCAUAUUACUGGGAUCAUUCCUGAUGAGCUAUCAGGCAUGUCAAGCUUAGAAUCCUUGGAUUUGUCACAUAACAAUCUUACUGGAAGCAUUCCCUCUUCGUUAACAAACCUGAAUUUUCUAUCAAGCUUUACAGUGGCAUACAAUAAUCUAACGGGCACAGUUCCAACAAGAGGGCAAUUCUCAACGUUCGCAAGUUCUGAUUAUGAGGGGAACCCCAGACUCUGCGGUAGCCGCUUUGGCUUAGCCCAAUGUCAUUCGAGUCAUGCUCCCAUCAUGUCUGCAACCGAAAAUGGGAAGAACAAGGGUCUCAUAUUAGGAACAGCUAUUGGUAUUUCACUUGGAGCAGCAUUGGCUUUGUCCGUUUCUGUUGUAUUUGUGAUGAAGAGAAGCUUCAGGAGGCAGGAUCAUACAGUGAAGGCUGUUGCAGAUACAGAUGGAGCCCUGGAGUUGGCACCAGCCUCACUGGUUCUUCUGUUUCAGAACAAGGAUGAUGACAAGGCAUAUACUAUCAGUGACAUCUUGAAAUCUACAAAUAACUUUGAUCAGGCUAACAUCAUUGGCUGUGGUGGCUUUGGUCUAGUGUACAAGGCAACAUUACCAGAUGGUGCAAAGAUUGCCAUCAAAAGACUAUCAGGUGGUUUUGGCCAGAUGGAGCGGGAGUUCAAAGCAGAGGUGGAGACUUUAUCAAAAGCCAAGCAUCGUAAUCUUGUGCUUCUGCAAGGUUACUGCAGGGUUGGCAGUGACAGACUCCUGAUAUACUCUUACAUGGAGAAUGGCAGCCUAGAUUAUUGGCUCCAUGAAAAGCCUGAUGGCCCUCCAAAAUUAAGCUGGCAAAGAAGGCUUCAGAUAGCCAAAGGAGCAGCACGAGGUCUGGCGUACCUCCACUUAUCAUGCCAACCCCAUAUACUCCACCGUGACAUCAAGUCAAGCAACAUACUUCUGGAUGAAAAUUUUGAAGCUCAAUUGGCUGAUUUUGGGCUUGCUCGACUAAUUUGUCCGUAUGAUACACAUGUGACAACUGACCUAGUUGGCACUCUAGGUUACAUCCCCCCCGAGUAUGGCCAGUCUUCGGUAGCCACUUUCAAAGGUGAUGUGUAUAGUUUCGGCAUUGUUCUUCUGGAGUUAUUGACAGGAAAAAGGCCUGUAGAUAUGUGCAAGCCGAAGGGGGCUAGGGAGUUGGUCUCAUGGGUCAUACAUAUGAAAGGAGAAAACCGUGAAGCCGACGUAUUGGACCGUGCAAUGUAUGAGAAGAAAUACGAGAUACAAAUGAUGAAGAUGAUUGAUAUUGCUUGUUUGUGCAUCAGUGAGUCACCUAAACUGAGACCAUUGAGCCAUGAACUAGUGCUAUGGAUUGACACCAUUGAUACUAGCGGUGAAGCAAUAAACUAAAGUGAUGCCAAGUUCAAUAAGACAAUAACAGUGACCAUUGUGGAUAUACGUGCACUCAAUUUUCCCUCUUGGAUGAUUUUUAUCAUAGUUAAAAGAUGUAACAUAAUGAUGAUGAUUGCAUACAAAAUAACAGUGAAACAUUUGUUCUACUGUAUGCAGUAAAUUAGGUUUUCUGGUAGCUCGUGCCAGUAUUAUCUGCCGCUUCUUAUGCUCUGGUCCGAUAUGGUGUACAGAGUUUUAUCUUUUGUGGGACGUUCCAAGGAGAUAAGAUAACAUAAUGUUUAUUUCCUUUGAA